ACAGAAUUUGUGUAUAUGAUUACAUGCUUUACUGCAUGUUUCACAGUGCUCUUUACUGCUUUACUGCAUGUUUCACAAGGCUCUUUACAAUUUCAGAUUCUAGAAUAUCUAUUUGUUCGCCUUCAGUAUGCAAAAGAAGAACAGUCAGAAGGAUUUUCCACAUUAGAAGGAAUACUUGUAGUUUCAGUGGACAUUGAAGAUUCUUUCCAGCGUGUGCAUCAUUCCCACUGUACUACUAUUAUUUCAGCAAAAGGUGACUUCUGCUACAAACUUCUCAGUGAUCAGAUGUGUAGAGAAAUAAAAGAUUUGCUGCCUUUAUGCCAGAGCAAAGCCUUGAGUGGAAGAGGGUGUCCCCAUGAAUGUAUAGACAUCAUGCCUUUUCAACUCUCCUUUGAGCUUGAUGAGAAAUCUGGAGCUAUUGAUGAGGACUGUUUGGCAUUGAAGCAAUUCAUCCACCGGAUCAGCCUUACGCACACAACAGUAAAAUUUCAUUAUUGUGUAAAAGUGAAUGGCUCAAUCUUUGCUGAGACCUAUAACACAGAGAGGGGAGCUGCCACAUGUUUGCCAGGUGGGACAAGACUACUGAGUGAAGGAAAUCAUUUUGUGAGGUCAGCAGCCAGGGAUGUGCCUUCAUCUUGUGACAAAAUCCACCCCAUGACUGGUGAACCAAUUUGCCUCUUAAUUCCAGAUGAGGUAGCUGAAAGAGGCUUCAGUGGAGAGCUAAGGCUCAUGCCUGUUGUUUCCCUGUGUCCCUGCCAGAAACCAUACCCUAACAAGCCAGCACAAAUAGCAGCUUAAUAUAUCUUUCUUUAUGACCCAGCAGGUCUGCCUGUAUUGUUCUCCACAAAGGAAGCAUCAUGUUCUUUUUUAAAAGAUCCUUCAUGUCUAAUAGCAUGGGAGAAAUAUGGCUAUCAGGCAACACUGAAUUCAGAUCCCCAUUGGGAAGAAGAUACUGCAAAACCUGAUGUCAGAUACAAGCUUCAUACCAGCCACCAACAGGACUCAGAUGCUCAGGAACAAACGCUGCUGCUCUUCCUCUUUCUCAGCUACUCAGAUCAGUUUAAUGACAAGACAGUCUAUAAUUUCUGGGACCGGCAAGUGAUCCUAUCACAUCUCUCUCCUAUCCUGUUGUGCAGCAAGCAAGCUGUGAAAGGCUGCAUCCAAGAAGUGGUUAGUAGGAUCCUGGAGCAGCAUUACAAAGUGUCCCAGGAACAGCAGAAACUGGCACAGUCUUUGCCCAUCAUGGCAGAUGCCAUUUCAAGUAUAGUUUCAAGCAGCACUGACAGCGAGUUCAGAAGGAAAUGCUUCCAGUCUUUGCAGGUUGCAGGUACCCAGAAGUUCCAAGUGACCAUCAAAGAUACCUUCAAUAAAGUCAUUCUUAAACAGUGGAAAUGUAGCAGCGCAUGUGACGCCAGAAGGGCACGUUUCUAUGUUUAAGCUUGUUUGCUG